AUGGUGAAGGUCAUUAACGACAGGACGAUGGACAGGCUUCGGCUCACCGAACAGGAGAUAGGCUUUUAUUUCGACAUUUUUGAUUCCUGUGAUGUGGAAAAGAUAGGAAAAAUACCAAUGAAGACUUGCACUUCACUUCUUAACAAAGCUGGUCUCUCCCAGAUGACGACCAGAAGGAUUUUGAACAUAUUGGGCGCCGGCCAUGGGGGCUUUCUGGGGCGAAAUCAAUUUUUCACGAUGCUUAGGUUAGUUGCUUUGGCACAAGCUGGUCAGGAGCUCACAACGAAUGCUGUGCAAAUAUCUGGGAGGAACAUUCAAUUACCGAAUUUUUCGCCCGAUGCUGAGAAGAAAGCUAUCUUCAGUUGGAAAAGAAGUCCUGUGAAUGCGGCUGCAAAUAUUUCUCCAGAUACUGACAUUUCGGAGGGAGAGUUCAGGGGUUCCAAUGAGGAUUUCCGUGGAACCCUUUCGGAAAUUUCUACACAUUUGUCCACUGUCUCACCGCCUCGCACACCCACGGCAACAAGGGAUGAGGAGUUGUCGGACAAUGCCUCGGGUUUUACCACUGAUCGAACCGAAACUGAUAAGUGGUUAGAGUAUGGAGAUGAUGAGGAAAGUCUUUUAACAAAGGAGCACAUUGAGCGGACGGAUCCGUAUGGUGUUCUCCAAACAGGGAAAAUGCAAUCAAAUGAUUCCUGCAGUCCUCAUCGAUCUCAUUCCCGCAAAUGUCGCGAACACUAUGUAAAUCGAAGCUCUUCAUCGGCCAGUUCGGGCUCGGUGUCAACAUCCACCUUGAACUCCAAUACAAGCAUAUCUGACGGUACUGUGUGGCACGCCUUAGAUGACGGUACGGUAAUAAAACAUGUGACACCAGAGUGGGCGUAUCGUAACCUAGAAAACAGGCCCAAAAAUCGGGCGAUUUCACCGAUUGUUACCUCUCCAAUACAUACUCCCCUAUCGUCUGACAUUGACAAUACAGAUUAUGAGGUCAGACUCAAGCGCAGUUCACGGUCAAAGAGCAGUGGAUUCGGACUCUGUGGAACGAAAUCUCACACAAAUUACAUUAUGAACGGAACACAAGUUCCAACUGAGUCAAAGAAAGAGCAUCACCAACGCUGGCUUAGUUUGUUUACUUUGCAUCCGAAACGAGAGGUGGAAUAUGCGAACCAGUUUGAAAAUCUGUUUCCAGAUGGCAAAACAAGUAACACUCAACGAGCCUCUUUUUCGGAUAUUCAGCAGCUAUUUAUGACACAAUUCCGGGUAUCUCCUGAGGAUUUGAAGCAAAUUUGGCGUCUGGCUGACCUCGAUCGUGACAAUUACCUGAACAAGGCUGAGUUCUGUCUCGCCUCACAUCUCGCCCACUUGCACGGAAACAAGGGCUUAUCAAUCAAUGAUGCGGUCUCCGCCACAGCUUCCUACAUUGCCAAACACCUGUCGGGUGUGCCAAACUCUAGUUCCCACACAGCGCGUGCGUUUAUCUCCAACGCUCUUUCGCACCGUACUUUCGCCCACAAACCAGCUAUCGAUAUGGUUGAAAGCCAGCAGCAUAGGCCAACCAUGACUGACUUUCAACCAGUGGAAACCGGUGACGCAGAGGACGACUACUCAGUGGCGGAGCAAGAUGCUUUUGGAGAAACAGCGUUGUUACCCGAUCGUGUACCAGGCGACACAAAUCUGUUGGAACAUUUUAGCCCUCGUUCCAGCCACUCCUGUUCUUUGGCCACCUCCUUUUCCGUUAACUCAUCAGAUUCCCAAGUUUCUUCACAGUCCUCCUCAGUCAGCACCUCUUCCUCAAGCGAGGCUGACUCAGAUACUGAAAACCACAAAGAUAGUCCUUCAAGAUUGGUCGACGGCAAGUCGAACUUUAGGAAAGUGAAACACAGGAGAGUCGAUCCGCUUCAGGUGUUAGCCGCAGUUUCUGGCCACCGCCCUUCAAAGCUAGCUCAGUACUCUGGUGGACACCGUCGGCGUUUGCUUGCCUCGCUCAUCCGAGAGGCAAAAGCUGCAAAUCAUUCUCUCCUGCGAUUAAACAACGAAAUACGUGCAGAAUGGAUCGAACUGAACGACCAACAUGUCAAUCUAAGUGCUCAACUUCAACAUUUGGGCCUUGAACCACCCAGCUAAUGUGGGCUUUCCUGUACUGACCCGUUUUCUCCCUUUACUCUGUACAUUUGCUCUGUAACAACAUUAUUUCCCUAUCUUCAUCUCCACAUAUGUACUUCAUAUUCGGGGCUUUAUUACCACCAGGUCAGAAAAUUGCAUGCACCAAUUAUACCAGUCAUUCUAUAGGUGAUUGGAAACAAUAAAUUCCGCA